AUGAGGUUGGGCAUGUGCUUAGCUAAUGCCAACUGUAAUGGUAAAAUCUGGUACUUUGUGGCUGAUAAUAUAGAUGUAGAAGUUCUGAUCGAUUCCCCUCAGCAGAUUACUUUGAAGCUGUUUUUACAAGAUUUGAAUCAGCAUCUUAUUACUACUUUAGUAUAUGCUAAAUGUAGUGCUUCUGAAAGGCUAGAGUUGUGGGAGGAUAUCUAUCAUCUUUCCAAUACCUUAUCUUGUUCCUGGUUAAUAGGAGGAGACUUCAGUGUGGUUAUGAAUGAUGAAGAAAAGAUAGGGGGUAAUCCUAUUCAACCUCAGGAUAUAGAAGACUUUGCUUUUUGCAUAAACUCCUGUGAUCUUGAAGAGGUAAACUUUAAGGGUAGUCCUUUCACUUGGUGGAAUGGAAGAGCAGAUGAAGCAUGUAUUUUUGAGAGAUUGGAUAGGAUGUUGGUGAAUUCACUGCUUCUGGACAACUUUGGAAAUAUUGAAGUGGAACAUCUUGUAAGAACAGGAUCAGAUCAUGCUCCACUUCUAUGUACCUAUGGUGAUAAGCAUCAGAAUCAGCAUGAGGAUCCUUUCAUAAACUUCAAAAGCAAGAUGAAAAAGCUGAAAGGAGUGUUAUCCAAAUGGAGCAGGGAAGUGUUUGGUGAUAUAUUCAAGCAGCUGAUCAUAAGGGAGGAAAUAGUGAGAUUAAAGGAACAGUUGUUUGAAGAAAAUCCAAGCCAAGUAAAUAGAAUGGCUUUGCAGAGGGCUCAGGCUGAGACUAAGAGAUAUUUGCAUUAUGAAGAAGAGUACUGGAGACAAAAAUCAGGCCUGGAUUGGUUUGUAGAUGGAGAUAAAAAUACUAGAUUUUUCCAUAAUCUAGUAAAGGGAAGAAGGAAGAAACCGCAGAUCAAAAGAAUUCAAAAUUCAUAUGGUUCAUGGAUUGAGGAUGAUGACCAAAUGGCAGAUGAGGCUGUGCACUUUUACUCUCAACAAUUUUCACAAGAAGAGUUAAUUGGAGAUGAAAAUUUGUUGUCACUCAUUCCUGUUUUGAUUGAUCAAAAUAGAAAUGAUCUACUGUGUCAAAUGCCUAGUGUUGAUGAAAUCAAAAAAGUUAUUGUCAACCUUAGUGGAUCAAGUGCUAGUGGACCUGAUGGUUUUGUACAAGGGAGAAGCAUGAUUGAGAAUGUGCUAUUGGCACAAGAAAUAGUGACACACAUCAGAAAAAGGGGCAAACCAGCAAAUGUAGUUAUCAAAUUGGACAUGGCAAAAGCCUAUGAUAGAGUAUCUUGGUCAAAUUUGAUAAAGGCCAAAGGAUUUUUCCAUUCAACCAAGGGUGUCAAACAAGGUGAUCCACUUUCACAUGCACUGUUCAUCUUAUCAGCAGAGGUGUUAUCAAGAGCUCUAAAUGCAGAAUUUGACAAUGUUGAGUAUGUGGGCUAUGAUGAUACUAUAAUAUUUGCAUCUGCAAAAGGGGAGUCAUUGAAGAGAAUUAUGAAGAUACUGCAGGAUUAUGAGGCAAUUUCAGGUUUUACUGGAGUACUAAGGAAGAAGGUAAAAGCAGGCAUUGGUCCUCUUGGGACAAGGUUUGUUUACCAAAAGAAGAAGGCGGAUUAG